AUGCCCCAUGUGCAAUAUGGUGAACUUAUAAUAAAAUAGUGAAUAGAUGACAAGUUUGUGCAAUAUUUGUUUAAUUUAUUAGUUGACAUUUUGAAGAUGGUUUAUUUCGUUUCUUGUUCGCAAUUCUUGACAAUACUUUUCUUGCUGAAGGAAGCGUCUUUGGUGUUUUCGGAGGUCACCGACAAUGAAAUCGUUGAAAAGAUAGUUGAUGCAAAACAUCUACGAGUAGAUGGCUUUUCUUCGUUCGAGCUGGCAGAUAUACACGAAAUUUUCAAAGGGACAAAGGAAAGAAUAUCAAAAGAUUACCUACACCGUCGAAGAAGAGAAUCACUCUCACCAAACUCAACCCUAGAUCUCGAGUUUACCGCCUUUAACAAGACAUUCCGCAUCCAUGUCCAGUAUAACCCCGCCCUGAUAUCUCCUCACCUUUUGGUCAGCACUCGGCGGGGCGGGUCUAGGGAGACAUGGCAGGGGGAGGUGCCGGAUUGUUUUCUGGAGGGAUUCACUGACAACAAGGGCGUGGUCUCACUCGCCUACUGCAAUGGCUUAACAGGAUCAGUGACAGAAGGAACCGAAAUGUACAGAAUCGACCCUGUUGGUCCCCUUUUCAACAAUCAUGAGAGCGUCCUCAUUUCCAAAGCGGAUCUUACCCAGAUGAGGGGCGAUGGCGCGAUAGAUGAUACAUACAUUGCUAACGAGCUAUCUGGGCGUGGCGGCGGGCGUCAGAGGCGGGCUAUUCCAAGUACAAGCUUCACGGUGGAGCUUGGUGUCUACAUGGACGCCCCUAUGUAUGCCGUUCUGGAGGAGCGCUAUACAGCCCACACGGUGGAGGAGAAGAUCUACAUGGUCGCGCUCAAGUUUAAUGGGGUGCAGGCGAUGUACAAUCUCAUGCCAGCUGAUCUCGGCUACACUGUUACACUGCAGAUCAAGGCUAUAGAGUUCUGGCAGACUGACCCGGUUUGGUACACGUAUAAUCCGGACGAUAUGAGCGCGUCCCUGAACUCGUUUUGUAACAGUCCCGGAAUUAGGGACCAGUCCGGUACCCUUCCAGUGGAUACCCACUUCUUAUAUACCGGGGCGGAUGCGAUGAGGGGACUCUCCAACUUGCCCGGUCAGUGCACAGGCAACAACUGUGCUAUGGACCGAACUAGCUUCAUGUACAAUUCGUAUGUGACUGCGCACGAGCUGGGACACACUCUGAACAUGGCUCACGACCAGGACCGAAACUGUUUUCGGCCAGACUCUGGAAUUAUGGAACAAGACGGUAACUAUGACGAUAAAUGGGCAUCGUGCAAUAAGCCAGACAUGGAAGCAUUUCUUGCAACAUCUGAUGCAUCAUGUCUCUGGGAGGAAAACGUCACACCAGAUCUAGUGGACGCCAAUGUUGCAGCUAUUCAGAUUUCAGGAGCUUGGCCAGGCAUGCUUUUGAGUUUGGACGAGUACUGUAUGCAGUUGUAUGGUCCAGGGUUCAAGUAUCGAACUUGGCACUCGGACUGGGGUGCUUGCACUUGGCUCAGUUGCGUUAACAUGAAUACUGGGCCACUUUUCGGGACGAUGACGGAGGAGUCGUACUAUCCAAAAGGCGCCUACUGCGGUGACACCAAGGUGUGUUCUGGAGAUUCAUGUGUCACGUGGGAUGAGGCCCGGCUCCCCGCGGACGUGGCGUCAGUGGUUCCCGGUGGUUGGAGUGACUGGAGUGCCACCGGAAGUUGCUCACAGACGUGUGGCACUGGGACGAUGACGAAGACGCGGACAUGCAAUAAUCCAAGCCCACUCAAUGCUCCACAAUGCGAGGGUGAUGACGUUAUUGGUACGCUGUGUAAUACUGACCCCUGUCCAGGAGAUAGCACGGACGAGGUGACCCUUCGGCAGCAGCGGGCGGGUGAAGUGUGUAGCGCACUCAUCGACGUUGGUCAUAUCGCCGCGGAUAUGUACACAGGGGUCGGGGACCAGCUGAUCUGGAAUGGAGACGGGCAGUGUGAGGUCGAUUGUGAAUUGCAACCGGGCAAAACCGUUAGUUGGGGCUAUGUCCGUUUCGCCUUCAUGCCCGAUGGGAUUCCUUGCACCGGGUCGGAGAGCACCGGGUCGCCCGGCUACCCAGACACCCAUGGACUCCCCCGCGGACUGGGUCAAUCAACGAAAUGCCUGCAUGGUUACUGUAAGAUGUUUGGCUGUGAUGGAAGUAAUGCUGGAAACACACUGGACAAGUGCGGGGUUUGCGGGGGAGAUAACUCCACCUGUGUUCCUGUGGAUGGUGUCUUCACAUCACAGCUUGCAACUAAUGAACGUGUUGAAUUGGCUGUCAUUCCGGCGGGUUCAAACUUGGUAGCUGUGUACUUUGGCUACCCAAACAUGCAAUCAUACUAUGUCGAGUUAUGGAACGCAGACGGCACUUCAGCGAUUAUCGCUACCAAAGUGAACUACAUAUACGACGCCCGCGUCGACCCGUUAUCCGGUGGAGGAGCUAACUGGUAUUACUAUUGGUGGUCCGGAUAUCUGUACACCUUCGACACAACAACCGAGGACGUGGUAUUAAAGGUAUUUAACGAGGGAAGUGACGUAAACCUCGGCAUCACGUAUGGGUACUCACUACCCCCAGCUGCUACAACAACAAGUUCAACAGUUACUACAACAUCCACUGCAACUACGACGACAAGUCCAACUACGACAACAACUACGACGACAAGUCCAACUACGACGACAAGUCCAACUACGACAACAAGUCCAACUACGACGACAAGUCCAACUACGACAACAAGUCCAACUACGACAACAAGUCCAACUACGACACCAAGUACAACCACUACAUCAACAACUUCUUCUAGCACGUCAUCGUCAACAGCCAGCACGUGUGACUCGUGCACGAGUUCUACAACCAGUUCGACCGAACCAGUUACAGUGCACCGCAUGCGCCGAGUCUCGUGCAUGAGACGAGGACCUUGAAAAUCGAAAUUAAGACUGGAAAAACUACCUUUUUUUAAAUUUGGAAUAUGUGUUCAGAAACAACUUUUAUUUUUAUUUUUAUAACAAUUAACAUGCUUGUAUUAUGCCUGUUUGAUUUUUACCCAUACUUCAUUUGUUUCCUUUUUUACAAUAAAACUGUUUUAUAAAUUAUCAGGCGCAUUCUUUGCAUGAUUUUUGCUAGUUUCACCUACACUUGCUGGAAGUGAUGGUGCGGUUAUCGAACACUAUAAAUUACGGGGUUAAUAGGUGACCCGAUAAUGGAUAUACGGGGCAAAGGAAACCUUUCUUGGAAAGAGUUAAGUAUUUUAGAAUUCAAAUAUGUUUUCCUGCGCCCCGUAUACCGCAUAUCGGGUACCUACUAACCUAGUAACGUAUAUAUUACUUCGACAACCUGUUAACAUGAUAAAAUGUUUCAUUUAUUCAUCGGAAUAUUCAUCGGAAUUGUAAAAUAAACGCCAUUUUUGGUACGAUAUAAAUUUGGUAACCCAUUAUGGGAAAAUAUUGGGUCACCGCAUUACCAGUCCUGGACCAAUGGCGUCAAGUCAUUUAUGUUGGAGGCGUUAUAUAAUCGAAUAACCGUCUUUGGCCGUCUAACAAAUGGUCGUACGAUUUGAUCAAUAAUAAGAAGGACCUUUUGGGGAUUUAUACGAACGAAUCGUACUUCUUCCAAUCGUAUUUGUUUUGGUCAUAAUGUGUUACACAACAUACAAGAACCUUUAUUUAAAGUCGGGUAUAUGAUAAAAAGAAACAUCAGGUCAAUGAGAUAUUUUCUAAUAUCAGAUGCUUUAUAGAUCAUUUAAUCAAAAUCCGUCCGGCAAUCCCAUUGGAGGAGAUGUGAGCGUAAACACUGAGGUUUGGAAAGGGUCAAGUACACAAACAUGUUAAAGAGCAGAACAUAAUGGGCAUUUUAUAACUUAAUUAAGUAUAUACAGCUUAUCUUCAAAUACAAUGAAUUAUAAAUAUACAGGAAUGUUCACUAUAUAAAUAAAUUGCUAUACCUUAAUAACAAUUAGAAACGUCUCAUAAAAUAGAAAUGCUGCGUUUUCUGCACCUUUCUUUCAAAUUAAACACAGUAUCCUCCAUAAGAACCAUUGUUUUUGACAUGUAUUCAUCGAUAUCGGUAAAUUAAAACAAACGUAUAAAUUGUGGUACAUCUUGUUUGGGAGUAAGAGUGCAUCUUUAAGUAUGUUUGUCUUAAU